CACUGAGAUGUCCACCCUUGGAUCAAUCUCGGACGGCCAUUACAUGUCGAGCAAUCGGCGACACUUUUACCACUUGCAUUCGGCGUCAAACCUUUUAAAUAUGCGAAUCGGGUAAAACAAGAUGGCCGUCAAUAGAGCAAUUUUAAAUCUAAAAAUCAAAUCAUGUUGUUUUCAGCAUGCAGCAAGUUUGAUUCGUGCAAAACCACUUUUAAUCUCGCCACAUAUCCGUCAACUUUCUUUCCAAUGUUGGAGAACUAAUGGAAUGAGUUUUUUAAAGAGAUUUUUACCACAAUAUUCGCAAGUUGGAAGGUACUAUGAAAAAGCAAAAGAGAGAAAAGGGCCUUCGUUAAGAACGUGGUUAUCUGUUGGUGUUGGUUUUAUGGUAGGUGGUGCUGGUAUUGUUGUGUAUCUAGGUGAGUGUGUUGUUUAUUUGUGGUCUCUGAUUAAUUGCAUGUUUUAUUAUUGCAUACACAUUAUAUAAAUUCUUAUAGUAUACUAGUGAGAUCUCCCCCCUGCCCCAUCAUUGCCAGGUUAAAUAUCAACCGAAAAUAAAUACCAAGCUAAAAUGAACAUGUUUUGUGACUGGGGCCAUUCCAUUUGAUAUCCCCCCCCCCUGUUGACUAGAUUUUUUGAAGGGGGUCUGGAAUUCUGAAUUUCUGAGGGGGUGCCAAGUUGAAAUUUCCGAGGGGGGUUGUAAAAGGAAAAUUUGUGAAGCGGUCAAAAUUUUUUUGUCAUUUUCCAAGGGGUCAAAACUUUUUUUUUUAUUUCCGAGGGAGAGGAAGGGUAUACCUGUUGGCGAAAAUUUCCGAGGGGGUGGUCAAUGAAUUUCUGAAAAUUUCCGAGGGACGGAGGGAGGUGAAUAAAUUUCCAAAAAUUUCUGAGGGGGUCUAUUAUAAUGGAACCAUGUCAACAGGUAUUUCCGAGGGGCUUGAGAAAAACUGUAAAUUUCCAAGGGGAUUCUACAAAAAUAGCGAAUUUCCGAGGGGGUCUUCCGGAAAACCGUUUCCGAAGGGGUCUAAAAUCAGUGCUUUACAAUCAAAUUGGCCCACUAACCAACUCAGCCCACCGUUCACAGACCAACUCCGUCCGCUUGUAAACUGACUAUCUAACCAUUAAACAAGCUAGGAGCCAUGACUGCAUUCUAUCUUUGCAAGUUUUGAGAGAGAUUUGAAUGAUCAGUAAUUUAGUACCAAAACGUACAGAUCCAGAAUUUGAAACUUCGAUAGAUUCUUUAAUUAAAUUAAGUCAAACUGGAUGUUCUCAAACUUUACUCAUCUGUAUGCCCAAAAAUUAUACAACUGCAAAUGGCUGUAUUGGUUUGGUUCUAUUGUUUGUAAAAUAUUAGCUUUCCUAAUAUGUCAAACAGUAGUUAACAAUUGGGCCAAGAUAUGGCAUGGGCCAAGUUGGUCAGUGGGCCGAGUUAACCAGCUUCCAAAUCAGUAACCUAGUCAACAGGGUGGUGUGGAUAUUAAAUGGAAUGACCCUUGGAUUGCCAUUAGUUAAACAAAAGUGAUAGUGUGACUUGUUCCUCAGAAAGUUGGUCAAAGCCCAGACUGGAAAGUUUGGAAAAUGUGCAGCGGGGAUUUCCAAAAUUUAAUAGUAAAAAUAUAGAAAGUUGCACAGGCGAUAUCUCCCCUGCGUGAUACAAACUUUCCACACUGGGUCAGAGCCACCCCAGAGAUUAGUUAAAGGGUUUUUUGUGCCUCUGAGAUCUUGUCGAAAACUGUCCAACUCGCAAAACCUGUUGACAUAGGUUGGUGUUCAAAGACUUGUAUCAAUUUUUUUUUUACCCAUCAAGUGACAGCACUCUCCCCUUGACAUAUAAAAUCAUCUGGCAUUAGACAUAGUAAAAUAAUAAAGUAGGGCACAUUUUCACUUAAAGGGUUUACAGGAUGCAUGGCCAGGAUGCAAUCAUUCAAGAUUUCUAGUCGUACCUGACUGGUAUGCCAAUGGUUGUUGCAGCAUACGUGCACUAGAACAAACUCAGUACUUAGUGCUCAAUGUGUACUUAGUCUUUAAAAAUAAGGUUCAUAAAGUACAGGUUUCUGAAAAGUAUGUUCAGACUAUGAGAUAGCAAACAGACUUUUGCUAUUUGAAAAGGGAGUUUUGCUAUUUGAAAAAGGUGUUUUGCUAUUUAAAAACGGAGUUGUUCCAUUUCAAACAACCAACUCCAACGUUUCUCAGUGCCAUCAGUGCAAUCAUUUUUCAUGCCAAGACAUCUCAGACUCAUGAUAUACCAACUAAAUUACGGUAUUGAAUACCUUGGACUUGGAAAGGUCAUGUUGUACCAGCAAAAAAUAAGUACGCAGAUAGCAAGAGUUCCGCGUACCCACAUGGUACGUGGCUGAAAACAAAGAAGUACCAGACAGUAAUAUUGGUGUACCUCUGGUACGUAAGUACGCGAAUUAUCGCACCCUGUUGGCCCAUUGGGCGGCAGUACGAGACACUUGACAAGUAAAAUCAUUUGCAUUUUGAGUACCCGGUACUUGACAAUUAAAAUAUUGUUUUAAUGCUAGGUUGGCCUGAUACUGGGAUUGAUGGAAAGGUAUUUUUUAAAUUUAUUGAGACUAGGUCUCCUGUAUUGAUUAUUGCAAGUAUCAAAUUUUAUCCUGUUAGAAGUUGCUACAGAAUUAUUAAAAUAUUUUCAUAUCCCUCUUAGAGUGUUGCUCUGUAUGCCAAUGGUGAGUUUUCAUGUAAUAUAUUAUCCCAUGAAAUUUUUUGUGGAAACUGGUUUGGUAAAGGGCUUUAAUUGCUUGAAAUGUCAGAAUUAUCUGCUCGUAUUUUUAAGUAGUUGCAGUAUCCUGGCUUGAAUUUUGUGCACAAAUAUAUUUCUCAGGAAUGGAUUUUCAGAGGGAUGCAGGGGGUAUGCACCUCCCAGCCUUGACAAGGGGCGUGUACCAAUUUCCUUAUCAAUCUAUUUUGUGGAUUUAGAAAGGCCUUAGUCUGUUUCGUUAUUAUUACAUUACAAAAACAAAAAUAAAGACAAAAAAUAUACACAUGAUUGUGAACAUUAUAAGAUUCUAAAGACUACAGACUAUGUAGUGCAUUGCCGCUGUAGAUUCCUCUAGUGAUUAUACACACUUUGUCAACAAUUGGACUCUCAACCAUGACCAAAGUUCAUUGAACACCUACCUAUCAGAUCUAGCUGGAUAUAUUUAGAAGCCUAUAUUCACUGAGCCAAAGGCGAAGUGAAUAAUUAUAUAGAGGAUAUUAGACGGUUGCAAAGAGAUGUGGAUUUUAUGUUCGAGUGGCAAAAACAAUAUCUCACGAGUGUGUUAUUGUUUUUGACACAAGAACAUAAAUCCAUAUCUUCUCGCAACUGUUUAAUGUUCUGUUUAUUAUAUGGACUUACUCAGAGUCACAAAAAUACACACAAAGACGACAUGUAAAUAAGCACGUGAAAGAUCAGUAUAAAAGCGAUAUUUUUUAAAAUUAUACUGCAAACAUAAAACUAGAAUAAAUUUUACUUAUCUCAAGAUGUCUUUUAAAUGUUUUCGUUUUAUUUCCAACGUUAAUUUUGUUUUAAAUACGAACCAAAGACCAUUUGUAUUUUCAAAACAACAACAUUGAAAAUGGCGGGAAAUUUUCCGAACUUCGUAUGUCACUAGCAGGGGUGAAAUACGGAAAAUACGUGCACCUGGCCUCGGAUGUAGUGAUGUAUGAGUUCUACGAGUGUUUUAGUUUCCAGUAAAACACCAUUGUCCAUAUAAUAAAUAUAUAUAUGAAGCUGUGACCAUUCUAACAGCUUGUUUAUAUCUUUCAGAACCUGCCCCAUUGGCUUAUCUUUACAGAGCAAGAGACAAACUGAAAGAAACCUGGGAGGUAGAGUACACAAUCAGUCAAUUCACUCACAUGUACAGCAAGGCCAGAUUUUGGUGGAAAUAGUGGGGGAGGUGGAAAAAAAUUUAGGAGGUGCAGCGUUCUAGCUCACGACCCCCAUGGAAAGUUAGGGCUUAGACUGGGCCAAAGUCAACCAUAACCAAAGUGUAUCAGUGUAUUAAUGAAUCAUGACUGUACAACUCAUCCAUUUUUGCCCUUCAUUACAAUUACUACAAAGCGUCUUUCAAACAGAGAUGAUUGGCUAUCACUGUUUCAAUUUUACAGAAAAACCUUCUUAUGAAGUGUAGACCUUAAGCAACCAAAAAAUGUCAAAUUUUCACUUUGAUCUAUCAUUGAAACUUUCCCAAGGGGAGGUGCAUGACUUUUCAGGGCAGGUGCAAAAAUCAAAAUCUGGUCUUGAUAUACAGUAUAACUGUUACAGUAUAACUGUAAUAAAUUGAAAUGCUUGGUUACCUUUAUUCCAUUCUAUGCUUACAUUAUCAGAACAGUGGUAACUAGGCAUGCGAGUUAUCUAAAAAUUUGAAUUUUCCAGCUAUUUUCAGAACCAUCCAGUGAACUACUUCUACCAGAGCCACUGACAGAACCAUACUACCAACCACCUUACACGUUGGUCUUGGAAAUGACGGAUGUUCUCAUUCAUCCUGAAUACGAUGUAAGAUUAUAUUUUGUAUCCUGCAUAACAUGAGUUCCCACCCGUCUUCCAAUAGCGCUCCCCUUGACAAGCAAAAUCGUCUGGCAUUAGGCAGAGUAAAAUUACAAAGUAGGAUGGCAGGAUGCAAUGCAACUUAAUGGGUUAACCCAUUGACUCACAUUGUGCCCUGAUGUGCCCAACUUUAGUAUUUUCCUUGUCAAGAGGAGAGUGCUGGUGCUUAAUGGGUAAAGAAGUCUAAAGAUUAAGUAUCCUCAUUCAUUUCUUUUAGCGUCAAAGUGGUUGGAGAUUCCGUAAAAGACCUGGCGUCGAGGCAUUUCUCUCACAAUGUAAAACUCCGUUGUUUGAAAUCGUUGUCUAUACACAUGAAAACGGAUUUGUAAGUCUUAGUUUGUUUGCAUGCAAGGGGUGGGCAAUACAGAGGUGGAAAUUUUUUUCUGGGAACCUUUCUGGGAACCUGGGUUUAGGGAUCAAAAUUGUCUGCAAAAGAUUACGAUAUAUAGAGAAAAAUAACAAAAUUAUCAUGUUUCGCUCGCUACUCUGGUUUAAAUAAAUGAUUACAAAGCCCAGUCGAAUUGUAAUCAAGACCCAACGUUUCGACACUCCAGUCUAGUGUCUUCAUCGGGUGAUCUAAAGUUACAAUCGUGGCUUCUUUUAAACUUUAGAUCACCCCUGAUGAAGACACUAGACUGGAGUGUCGAACGUUCGAUCUUGAUUACAAUUCGACUGGACUUUGUAAUAAUUUAUUUAAACCAGAGUAGCGAGCGAAACAUGAUUGAUAUACCUGGUUGCAGUGAACGAACAAACUUUAAAAAAACAAAAUUAUCGUUUUAGACUGUCCUUUAUUACUUACAGUACAUGGAUUAUAUUCAUUAAGAUGUGUUGUCAUGUGAAGCAAUGUGUCUUUAGGACUGAAAAAGCAUACAAGAUAGAUCCUCAAGUAGCAUUAAUAGUUAGAGUAAAAACAAAUUACUUCUGCACGCUAUAUGAAUAUUUUCUUUUUGAAUUGUUCCACUGCAUGCAAUUUAUAUUCAAAGUAGUGUAAUUUUCAAAAUUAGCUAUCAAACAUCAAAAAAUGUCUGUGAAAAUUUAGAUCCCCAAAACGUUUCUGGGAACUAGGUUCCCAGGUUCCGAUACUUUUUCCACGUCUGGGGCAAUAUGUCCAUAAAACAGGACCUAUAGAUAACUAGUUUCAUCGUGAACUUUUCAGGGAGCAAUGCCAAUUUUGGAAGGACUUGAUCCAAAUGGAUUUGUUACGUAUCGAUUGUUUCGCGAUGCCACAAAGUACACGAAUGGUACACAUGUCAAAGUGAGUAACGUUUUGUCCACAGCCACUGUUCUGAACUUGAACAUAUUCAGUGUGCGAUAAUUCAAGAUUUUUAUAGUAGCACCUGGCUGGUACGCCAAUGAUUACUGCCGUGUACUUGCGCUGGUACAAACUGUACUCGGGGCUUUCAAAAUAAGCCGGCCACCGUCGGAGCUCCGGCAGGUUCUACGAGGUUUACCGCCGGUUACUUUGUUUAGUACUUGAAAUAUCAAUUCUGCUCUCCCUCCACUCUAAGCUUUCAAACGAAGUUAUUUUUCCUCAACCUGAUCUACUUUAUAGCCUAGUUAUUUUCGAAAACGACGUACUAUUUCGUAAAACCGAUUUAGUUAUUUGCUAUCUUAAAUCUUGAAGUUACCUUGUUGAAGAAUGAAAGUAGUGAUACAUUAUGAUUUGGUUACAGAGCUCAGUUGUGUUGCUAUCCAAUCAAUUUACACUAGUUAAUUUACAUGACUUUAAGACCCCCUAGUCCGCCCCCUCCCAACAGCCGCCUACUUUAUCAAAACAGACACCUACUCAGAAUAAUUCUGAAAGCCCUGAAACUCAAUACUCAAUGUGUACCUGCUCUUUAAAUUAAAGUACCUGUACAUAAAAUACGAGUCUCUGAAAGGUAUUCAAACUACCAGUUAGAGAAAAAGAAGCACACUUGCAUGUACAAACAAUCGACUCUAACAUUCCUUAGUCCCAUCAGUACAAUCAUGUUUCAUGCCACGACAUGUCAGACUUACACAUAUACCAACUUAGUUACGUUGUUGAAUACGUUGGGCUUGGAAAGGUCAAAUGGUACAAGCAAAAAGUUAAAUACGCAGAUAGCAAGAGUAUACUGCGUACCUACGUGGUACGUGACUGAAAACAAAGAAGCACCAGAAUAUAGUGUUUUUUGGACGUGCAUUACUGCAGCUGGAAUAUCUUAAGUGCUUUGCAUGACUGGAUGGCAUACAGUGGGAUUUUCGAAACAAUGGAUUGUUUUUGGAUGGCACUGUUAUUAUGUAUACUGUACUGAGUAUUGUGCCAAUUUCAGAAGACCUAAUGUUGUAUUUUUUUACUUUCAGGACUUGGGAAGCUUGAAUCGAGAUCUAUCUAAAGUGAUCAUGAUUGACUGUGAUGCGAAGGCUACCACUGGGUAUGAAAGAAAUACAAUUGUCUUGAAGAAAUGGGAAGGAGAUCCUUCUGACAGAACUCUGUUUGAUCUAACCCCGCUUUUACUUGGUAAGUAUUCUUAUUUGUUGUUGUUGUCGUUGUCGUUGUUGUCGUUGUCGUUGUCGUUGUCGUUGUUGUCGUUGUCGUUGUUGUUGUUGUUGUUGUCGCUGUCGUUGUCGCUGUCGUUGUCGUUGUCGUUGUUGUUGUUGUUGUGAUGAUUGUGAUGUUGUUGUUGUUGUUGCUGUUGUUGUUGUUGUUCUUGUUGUUCUGAUGAUUGUGCUGAUUGUGUUGUCGUUGUCGUUGUCGUUGUUGUUGUUGUUGUUAUGAUUGUGAUGUUGUUGUUGUUGUUGUUGUGAUGAUUGUGAUGAUGUUGUUGUUGUUGUUGUUGUUGUUGUUGUUGUUGUUGUUGUUGUUGUUGUUGUUGUUGUUGUUGUUGUUGUUGUUGUUGUUGUUGUUGUUGUUGUUGUUGUUGCGGUUGUUGUUGUUGUUGCGGUUGUUGUCGCUGUUACUUGUUUGUUAGUGAUGAUGACAGUGAUGAUUGUGAUGAUGAUGGUGGCAAGGAUGAUGAUAAUGGUGAUGGUGGUAAUGAUGAUUGUGAUGGUGAUGGUAAUGACUGUUGAGUAUGGUGAGCGAGGUGGAUGGUGCUGAUGAUAGUGGUGAUGAUGGUAAAGGUGAUGAUGGUGGCCAUGUAAAUUAUGAAAAUUUCAGGGUGCGUUGGUGGUUGCUGGCUUGGUCUGCGUUUUGAUGGAGUGUGUGCAUGCCCAACACCCUUUAGAAAAUCCAGACCUAAAAUACUUCAACUAUCUUUCCUAGCUAUCGCGACGUCAAACGUGGAAGAUGUACGAACGGUGCUAGAUUACUAUCGUAGUGAAGAUGAUGUCAUCGAAGCAUUCAAACGUAACCAAGCGAGACUUCGUGAACAACAAGAAAUAUUAAGUCAAAAGCAGAAAGAACAAGGUGGACAAUGGGGAGGUCUGUUUGGUCGGAGAUUAUUUGGUCAAUCUACACAGGUACUGUUACAAAUGCUCAGGGCCGGAUUAAACGUUUCGCGGGGCCGGUGGCAUAAUAGGGAGUUUACGAUCUACGACGCGGCCGGCUCGAUGACACGCUUUCAAAACAAAAAAAAUUGGUGUUUCCACAAACAAUAGUAUUUUAUGUUUUAUUGCCAUGCAAACCUACAAAGAACUUACAAAGAAAUUUGUCAUGCAAGACAAAAAGUGUCAAUAAUUCGUGGUCCCAGGAGUAUUGUCAACCGCGUUGUCAUUCUCAACACAACGUUAAACAAGCAUUAUCACGUCUUUCAGUCAACGUGAAAGCUUAUUGCGACCCAAGAGGUGUUACUUAAAGUCGAAAUUACAGCAAACAUUGCAUCGCUUCAGCCGAACGUAGCAGUUUGUAAGGUUAUUUGAAAAAGCGUGAAAUAUUUUUUACAGUAACCAAAUUGCUUACCGCUCAUUCUUGAGCUGAAAUUUAGACCGCGUCGUUGAGCCGGCCGCGUCGUAGAUCGUAAACUCCCUAUUAUCAGCGCGGGCCCCCUUGACUCCCUCCCCCCAACGACAUUUUAAACACUGAAUUCAGAAAGAUUCAAAAAUCCUUUUGUAUUUCAUGAAUUAAAAAGUUGCCCGUGUAUUUACAAAAAUAGAAAUAUACUUUGAAUAUUAUCAGCAUAACUAUUCAACUUGGAUGGUUAUGUCUUUGAAUAUUAUCAGCAUAACCAUUCAAUUUGGAUGGUUAUGUCUUUGAAUAUUAUCAGCAUAAUCAUUCAACUUGGAUGGUUAUGUCUUUGAAUAUUAUCAGCAUAACCAUUCAACUGCCAUAUAUGGUUAUAAAUCCGGCACUGCAAAUGCUGUUGGGGUGUUGGUGUCUCAAGCUGUUCACAGACGAGCAAGUUUUCUGGAAUGAGGCAAGUUGCCAAUUGCACGGCAUUACGUACACAUUUUCUAUGACAAGUUUUUGGUUUUCUGACUACCACACUAGCGGCUAGAACAAUAAUAUUGUUCGAUAUAUUAUAUCGCUGCAUGUGCAACCACAUGCAUCUAAGUCCUCAAAUUACUUUGUCAAAUCUUCUUUGUUGACCCAUAUACAAACGAGAUACCGAUAAGGCAAAAAAAUAUAUGUGGGUUUCCUAUUUCUUCUUGUAAAAACUUAGGUAGGGUAGGUCGGUUUUAACUUUUUUUUUUUCUUUUUUUUUAAUUUUCCUAACAACCGGACGCCAUUUUGUUUAGUCAGUGCUUCCACACUCAAAGAUAAAUGUCCCUAAUAUUGCCUUAAAUUUCCAUUUUUCACAAACGUUUUCCUCUAAGUGGAAACACUUACAAGCAUGAUCCAAUAAAAAGUUUAGGAUCGGGAUUUCGGCGUCCAAAAGCUAGAUAGGGUCGGGAAAUCGGAAACCCACAUUUUUUUUUGGCCUACGAUGUGAUAUGAUACUGUAAGUAAUCUUCUUGUUCAAAAGCUAGCUUACUAGCUUGGCAUAGUUGACUAUAAUCAGUCUAACACUGAAUAACAUUUUUCAGAUGAAAAAUUGUCAUGGAAAACUGGCUCGUCUGUAACCGGUUUUAGUGCAUGUGGCUUCUGUUUCUGUGAUCUGGAUUCGAUUCCUGGUUCAUUGUCUUGCAUGUGUAACUGUGAAUUUGCGAUGCGAAACAAUCUUUGAAAAAUUGAGUAUAAUUAGUGUAUAUGCAGUAUCAAUUUCUUUAAUAGAGCGUAAAACAAGAUUCGUGAUUGUUGAAGGAACACCAGAGGAUGGAUUGUGCAGAAAAUCACCCAGUUGCAAUUGGCAAACAGAUAAGCAAUUUAUGAUGCAAAACUUGUACAAUAGCAAAAAUGCUGGUCGAAUUAUAAGGGCGCUCAGCUCUGAAAAUGCCCCGGCCACACGAUUGAAAUCCAAAGAUUGACAAAAAGUUCAAAAUGCAUAAAACCUAUAUUAAAGCAGCGAACUAUACGAGGAAUGGUUGCAGUGUGUAAUAUUUUAAAGUGAGGAAUGGUUGCAGUUUGUAAUAUUUUUAAAGUGCAAAUACUUUAAAAUGCAAAUACUUCUAGAAUAAUUUUAUGAAAUUCUGUGGACUAAAGCGAAUAGUUUGUUUGCACGAACCUGAUUUGUACGAAUGAGUUAAAAAUAAACGAAAAUACCGAAAAGAACAUUUUUCGUUUGGGCUUUGCAGAAAGGAAAAAUAAUUUUAUUUUGAGCUGUCUUUCCGCCUUUGUUCACAGAACACGGUUGGGUUAACACCAAACAGUAACUAACAUUAUAAAACAACAUGUAUAUAACGCGUGCUCUGAUUGGUCGAAACCCGUGUUUGGAUCAGGCCAUCCAAACACGGAAGACUAUCGUGUUGUUAUUAUUUUAUAAAACAAUUACUUUAUGGUUUCCGUGUUUGGAUGGCCUGAUCCAAACACUUGGGAAUGUUUGCUCGAGUUAAGAAAAGCGCGCAAAAUCACUCGCCCUCGGCUCGUGUUUCGCGCGCUUUUCUUAACUCUCGCAACAUUCCCGCGUGUUUGGAUCAGGCCAUCCAAACACGGAAACAUAAAGUAAUUGUAUAAUACCCAAUAUCGAAUGCAAUGCAUACAGUAUACCGAAGGUAUUUAAACAAAAGAGUCUCAUUAAAAUUCAUUUUCUGCCUUCAUCUGCCUUUGUGUUAAAGCCUCGUGGGAUUGUUUGAAAUUCGUCUAUUAUUCUUCGAAUGCAUGCCCUGUUUUUGACUUGCUAAUUUACUUUGUACUUCAAAUCAUGCUUGCACGCGGGGUUCCUCUCGGCAAACUUUGUCGCUUAUUCAAUGCCGUGGAAAAUGAAGCUGUACUGUAUACAGUAUUGUAGGAAAAGAUCACAUCAGUAUAACAACGAUAGAAUGACCAUUUGGCAGUCUCAAAUUUUUGCUUUAAACGAAGAAAGUUGAAAGUGAGUAUAGACUAUAUAGUAUAGUAUUAAGAGGCAAUGUUUUUCAAUGCUGCGUAUUUGCGAUUAAAAGUGUUCAAAACCUAAAAUCUUUUUGGCGUUCCU